AAGGAGAAGCUCGGCGCGGGCUUCGGCGCGCCCCGUUCGCCCACCGGCCCCGACGUCGCCCACGGGGGCCGACCCGACGAAGUGACGCACCUGCUGGCUGCGUGCUCGCAGGAGAUCUCGGCGCUGUGGGCCGAUGUGUCUGUCCGAGAGAUCCUCAAAUCUCAUGCGGUGGCGUUGGAAGAAGAGCCGGAUUGUCCGUUUUGCGCAGUCUGCUCUCGCCGCUCGCUGACGACCCCGCACAGCUUCAUGGACGACGCCGCGCGGAUCACGAGUCUCGCGUAUGUGCCCACCGACCGUGACAUCGUCCGAGCCAGAAUCAAAACGCUGGGCGUCGAGGAGCAUCGCUUCGUGACCGAGUCCGGUUUCAGAGCCGGGACUGAGUUCUUUAUUACGGACGUCUGCGGGAGCAGCAGCCAGGUGACGCGUGCUCCGAUCCCCUUAUUAUUCCGAGGUUUUGAUUUAUUGCCGGACUUCGCAAGCGGGCUACCUGGGUGCCGUAUUUCGAUGACGGCGGUUCAAGCCAUUCUGUUUCUUGCGCCGCUGGCAUUCUGGCAGUACCUCGACGAAGACACGAAGGUCAAUAGAGUGCAAGAUUCCCUCGAGCUUUGGCGGGAGAUAAUCGCAAAUCCUCUAUUAUCCAAGACGGCCUUCAUCCUUCUCUUCAACAAAAAAGAUAUCCUACAAGCCCAGCUCGACACUGGUAUCUCAGUCGCAAAAUACGUGCCGAGUUUCGGCGAUCGGCCUAAUACUGUCCCCGGGGUUACCAAAUGCGAGUGCCCACUCUGUCAGGUGAACGGAGUUCUAACUGGACACAUAGACUUUAGAGACAAAUUCUCGGCAUAUUACCGAAAGUACUCACCUAGGCCGAGACCGUUCAUAUUCUACGAAACGGAGGCUAUCGAUACAAAAUCGAUGAGCUCAAUCCUAGCAGAAGUGCAGGAGCAGAUUAUCCGGAAUCAUCUGAAAGACCUCGAUGUGAUGUGAAUUUGUCUCAAAAUACUCCGCGCUUUCGGUUUCGCGUCCUCGAUAGUCC